GAGUGCACUAGGUCAAUAUACAUAUACUACCAAAUUUGGAAACUUUUGGUUUUCCUUUACACUAUUUUUAUCCGAUUUGUCAUAUCGAUCAGCUGAUCGUAUACAUUUCAUCAGCCGCGGAAAGUAACCUUUUACAGCUACAAUGACCUAACAUCAUGAGUAGAUUCAGGGAAAUAGGUGUGCAAACGACGCCGGAUGAUGACGACGUCUUUGAUAUUUCUCCGACGUCAACGUUGCACAGAGGCUCUCUGACGUCACCGACAUCUCUUGGGCACCAAUCUAGUAUAAUCGCGCGUUUUAGGAACUCGAUUUCGAGCCCAAAAGUUAAAGACCUCAAACGACAACUUCGUGAAUGUGAGGAGGAAUCUGCAAGAAUUAAUAUAGAGUUACAGAGUACUACUCAGGAAAACAGUUAUGUCAACAGACGGCUCGCGAAUAUCGUGAAAGAUAACCCGUUUAACAUCUACAUAAACGGAGCUUCCGGGGACGUGAAUGUCGGGAACACGAACACGGUCGUCAACCAGAGUACGGAAACUGUAGUUGCUGACCUAGAGGAAUUGACUGGAAAACUAACUUUUGCUGUGCAGGAAAACACACAAGAAAGAACGAACACGGAGAUGAAAUUGAAAAGCACCGAGGUUUUGUUGAAGGAAAUGAAAGAUUCCCUGCAAAUCUGCACCAGUAUGCUUGACAAACUGGACAAAAACACGUCCAACAAGCUUGGAAACGUGAAACAGCUGCUCGAAUCACUGACCUCAGAUCGCUCCGAUGACCGUGUUAUUGUAGAUGGCAUAGGUCGUCUGCAGCAGUACGUUAUUGACCGGAAGAGGAUUGUACGAGCAGCAGACGAGCUGCCGUGGGGUGUGCAAGUUGCUGUCACGAGACUGGUGAAUAAGUUUGGUCAUCUCACCUGGCAAGAAUUUGCUGAAAUCUUGGAAGUUAAAGUUUCGUCUAUACAGGCGCGUGGUCGGAAUGAGAACACAGACGAUGCCGAGCAGCCGGAACAUUUUGACAGAGAUAUGUGCGCAAGAAUCCUUGCACAAUGGAUUACUCAGUCACGUGAUAACGAUGGACAUAAAUUGCUAAAUAUUGUCCAAGGAUUUGAGGCACAGCGUUGUAGAGAAAUGACUGAAACCUUCCAGAAGAAAACGGUAGGUCAGUCACUCAUACCAACUGUCGUUUUACAGAACGAGCAAAAUCAAAGGUCUUCCAUGGCAUAUUCCGAAACUUCCGCCGGAAGUAGUCAGUCUUGGGGCAUGCGCAGAGUACCGAGUCAACAACUCCCGGACCACCGAUCACAGUUUGAGCAUCAGCUGGAAGCUUGGAAAUUGCAAGUGGAGAUGAAUGCAAAGCUUGACAAGAUGUUAACAUUGAUGACAGAAGAGAAAAAGCCGGCUAAGAAAGGAGACAUGAAGUUUAAAGAGGAGGAAGUCUUAUAUAAGAAAGUCUUUGACGAAGGACAGUUCGUGUAAUUUUAAAAUGUUAUCUGGAGCUGGACAAAAAUUUCACUUAUUUGUUUAAAAAAAACAUACGCAGUGUAACUAAAACAAAUGUAUUAACAGACUAAACUUUCCAAUUCAAGGUCGAUUUUGUUAAUAAUUCAGUUGUUUUUUUGGGGGUGGGAGGGGUCGGGGGUGGGGGCGUGGGGGCGGGGCUUUUAUUUAAUAAGAAGUGAUACAUAGAAACAAUAAGUUGAAAGCUUCCGAUAAAGUGAUGUCGACUGCGAAUAGGCACACAUUUUGAUACCAUUUUUUGUGGUAUCAAAAAUGUGAAAUGGUCUCUAUUAAUUCUAAAAUAAAAUAUUUCUUUAGAUCUGCGUAAUUUGAUUUGACAGAAUAUUCUCCUCUUUUAUAAUUUCUAAAUCCCUAUAUUUUUGAUAUAGAUAUACAUAUGUUUCGUUGCUGUCUGGUGACACUGUUUUUAUACUGGGAUAUGUUGAUUGAAGAGAUUCGUAACCAUAAAGUAUCAGUUUGAAAAUCUGGGCGUUUUUCAGAAAUCUCCAUGCAUUUGUAAACAUGUGACGUAAUACGAAAAACAUAUUUCGCUCAAUAGUUGUAGCUAUAAGUUCAACAAUCGUAUUUUAUGCUGGUAAAAAAGCUUGAUUCUGAGUAUCUUAUGAAGUUAAACAUGAUGAGAGGGGUGAAUUUUCAAUACAUUUCUGUAUGUGUUUUGGUAUAUUUGAACAGAUCUGUGUACACUUACGUUUUUGUUGUCAAAAUAUUAUAGAUAUUAUGUCUCAAAUUUUAUAUGAUAAAGUUUUAUUUGAAUAUUUUAUUUUUUGAUCUGUAAUUUAUUAACCCAUUUCUUUUAUUUCUUUCUCAGUCCAGUCAUGAUUAAGUUGUGCAAUCUUUAUUUUUUCUUUAUUUUCAUACUUACAUUUCUGUACUCGUAACUGUUCGUCAAUUUGACUCUGUCAUAUGUUUAAGUAACAAAUUUAGGACUUUCCUACUUUAGGCGUUUUAGAAUUCGCUUGUUAUAUUUUAGAUUAGAAAUGAGCGCACGACAAAUUCAAUAAAAUAUAAAAAUGAACAUGUAAUAACUCACACACUCAUUUGACUGUUCAUCAUAUAUCAGUAAUAUCGGCUCGUGUUAUAAUAUAAUGUUAUUAAUCAAGCAAUUUCAUAUUGGCCUUGUUAUUUGUCCAAGGGUUGUCGUAUUGGCGCGAGGCCGUCGUGCCAAUACGACUGGCCGAGGACAAAUAACUAGGCCAAUAUGAAAUUGCUUGAUUAAUGAUAAUAUUAUUAUUCAACUUUCGACUGUUGGCGGUAACAGUAUAAGAACUCUGUGAGUUUUGGGGAGGCUGCGAUUUUGGUACGUGGCAUUCCCUGUUUGAUAUUUGUCUUUGUUUUUUUUACCUUAUUGCAGCUAUGCGCGUUCAGGUGAAAGACAAGUUGUUUAGACUUAUUUUAGAAAUCAUAAUCAUUUUAGCCGGUAAAACAGAAUGAGUUGUAUGUAGGUACUUGAGAAUAAUUUUGAGAGAUAUUUUUGAUGUGACAUAAUCAAGAGUAACUAAAACUUACCUUAUUUUUGAAUUCCUAUUUAUUUUCUUUACAGUAGUGAGUUAUCUUAGCAUUUGAACUGUGAUAAAAACUUCUUUAAAAGUAAUUUCCUUUUAGGCUGCAGGCAACGAGACACAAAAUUGUACACAUAUAUGUUGAUCAAGAUAACAGAACCAACCAAGCACAAAUUAUACACUCCCAUGCCUCGUUUAAUUCUUAUCCGAAAUUGUUUGCAGUUCACAACUGUCUCAUCCUUUUAAUUAAUCAGAGUUUCUGUAUUUUCACAUUAUUUCCUUGACAACUGCCAGAAUUUCUGACAGGAAACACUUGCAUUUUAAACAAUACCAAAUAAGCGAAAGUAUCGGUGUAAUCUAUGAAGACGUACAUCCCGCUCAAUCAUACUUGGUUAUUACAUGAACAUGCAGGAUGAUUUUUUGUUAAAAUUUAAAAAAAAAUUGUAAUCUAUAACUCUGAUGUAAAACAAAAUGGCGUCAUUUAAAAAUCUAACGGAAGUGACGUCUUCGUAUUGGCCCUCACUUUUGAACCAAUCAAAAUGCUUGGAUUCCGUUUUGGUCCUGUUUUUCUCGUAUUGGCCCUGUUUUUCUCAUAUUGGCUCAGUUAUGUUUUGUAUUAGCUCUGUCUGUUUCAUAUGAUGUUUGCAAUUGAUCAGUGUGUAAUAUUGUAAAGUUGAAUAAUGAUUUGUUUUAUUGUCUUUGUUGUUGUUGUAAUUUUUAUGUUGAUAAAAUUGUUAACUAAUUAUACUGACAACGUUUUCUGUGAAAAUAAAUAAUCGGAUAAAUAAACUAAACUAAACACCUA